GCCUCUCGCGCUGGUGCUGCAGUUUCCUCCUGCAGUGGAUGUAUUAACAUAGGACUUGCUGCUGUUUACUGACACGCCCCGAGUGGGCGUGGCGUAUCGCUCGAUGUUCUCAGCCGGUGAUUGAGUCCGCCUGAUAAGGUAAAAUGGCGGCUGGUGCUAUUAGGUGCUGAGGAAACCGGACAGAGGAGGCAGGCUGGGGGUAAUGUUGGAUAAGGGGGGGUGGCUGCCUAUAUUCUGCCUGGUCAGGCAUCCUAAUCCCCCAAGUACUGGUUGCAAAUGAGAAUGGAAGACAUGUCUCUGUCUGGCCUGGAUAACAGUAAACUAGAGGCCAUUUCUCAUGACAUAUACACUGAUCUGGUAGAGGACACAUGUUUGGGGCUGAGUUUUGAGGUCCACCGAGCUGUUAAGUGUGGAUAUUUUCUGCUGGAUGAAACUGACCCAGAAAGUAUGAAGGACUUUGAAAUCAUAGACCAGCCAGGGGUGGACAUCUUUGGUCAGGUCUAUAACCAGUGGAAGAGCAAAGAGUGUGUGUGUCCCAACUGCAAUCGCAGUAUAGCAGCCUCCCGCUUUGCUCCCCACCUAGAGAAAUGUUUGGGCAUGGGAAGGAACAGCAGCCGCAUCGCAAAUCGAAGGAUUGCGAGCAGCAACAACAUGAACAAAUCCGAAAGUGACCAGGAAGAUAAUGAUGAUGUGAAUGAUAAUGACUGGUCUUACGGAUCGGAGAAGAAAGGUGCGUUUAAUCAGUCUGGAGCAAAGAAGAGAAAAUCAGAAAAGAACCCAAACUCUCCAAGAAGAUCAAAAUCCGUAAAACACAAAAAUGGAGAUCUGUCUGUUAACACGGACCCAUUUAAGUACAGUAGCAGUACAGGAAUUAGUUAUGAAAAUCUUGGUCCAGAAGAAUUACAUACCCUUCUAACCACGCAAUGUGGUGUAAUAUCGGAGCAUACCAAGAAGAUGUGCACCAGGUCACUACGUUGUCCCCAACACACCGAUGAUCAGCGUAGAUCUGUCAGGGUUUACCUCCUAGGCUCCUCUGCCUGCCUCCCGGAGGCUGAUGGCAGUACGGAUAAUGACAGUUUUGAUGUUGUAGAGGGACAGGCGCUUAUGAGCCGACUGCCAUGGGAUGGAUCAUCUGAUAUCUCUCCAUCUGACUCUGCCUCCUCCAAAGCCAGUACAAAUAACUCAGACACUCGGAAACCUAAGAAGAAAAAGCCAAGUCACAUCAACUUGGGCAGUGCAGGGGGUGCCAACAAAAAGAAGAAACCCAAAGCCCCUGCCCCAAUGACUCCAGGAAUGUACAGUGAACUCAACUGAGAGGAAGGAUGUUAUGGUGUCAUGGACCGUAAAUCUUUGGGCCAUUCUAUACAUGGGCUGUUACCUCUGCCUGCUUAGCCCACUGGCUGCAAAUGGUUAAUACCAGCCCCACCCCUCUUCCCCAUUAAUAAACCCUCUACUGUGAAAACAAAUACAAAACGUCCUGUAAGGCAGUGUACUCCUUUCCACCAAGUCCAUUUCUGGCAUCUCUGCGUGCUGCCAUGUUUUGUAUGCUGCAUCUGUGCUGCCUGGCUACCAGCGAUGUCCUGUGUGGUCCUCAGAACUUUGAUGGUAGGAGUUUGAAAAUUGGGUUUGGGGGGGAGGGGAUUUCAGAGACAAUGCGAGGUUUAAAUGGAGUCCUUUAUUAAGACUAAAACUCUUUAGUCAUGAAGUGUUAGACUUCUGCUGCUGAGUCGUAUAGCGACAUUGGGUCUUUCAAUGGAUAACUGGACUCUGUAACACAACGGGACUCUCCCUGUGCUGUAACUCUCAUCUCUGGAACGUUCUGGAAUGUGAGACUAUACACUUGAAGACUUGCAAAACCACAUAUGACCUCAUCACUUCUGACACAAAGUGUUCUGGUGUGGGCCCCAACACAGCUGAGGGGCCCCAAAGUGUUUCUGCCUCUGGCAGGUGAAUGGUUAAUGGUUAAUCUUGCACGUAUUAAAAAUUCACACUAAGUA